CACACAUAAGCAAAACUGCCUAGCUAUUCCUCUAUAUUAUCUCCUUAUUUCUCUCUUACCUCUUUCUCUCCUUGACUCUCUUUCUCUCUGCUUAACCCCUGAUGAAGUUCCAAGCCAUGGAACUUCUCUUUGGCAAAAACACCCCAAAACAAAUGAUCCCAAAAGUAGCAUUACUUGCAGUGUUUGCAAUACUUGUCUUCACCGUCACCCCACUCUCCUACCCUCUGUUCAGAUACUCUUCAUCCCUAAAAAACAGAGCACCCUCUGUUCCAUUACCAUCAUUUGAUGAUUUGAAUGAGUCAGCAAGUUUACCCUCAACCUCAGUGAAAAAAUGUGACAUUUUCACUGGUGAGUGGGUUCCAAACCCAAAGGCUCCUUAUUACACAAACAAGACAUGCUGGGCAAUUCAUGAGCACCAGAAUUGCAUGAAGUAUGGGAGGCCAGACUCUGAGUUCAUGAAAUGGAGGUGGAAGCCAAAUGGGUGUGAGCUUCCCAUUUUCAACCCUUUUCAGUUUUUGGAGAUUGUGAGGGGGAAAUCUUUGGCUUUUGUUGGAGAUUCAGUUGGGAGGAAUCAGAUGCAGUCCAUGAUUUGCCUCCUAUCAAGGGCAGAGUGGCCCAUAGAUGUAUCAUACACCCGAGAUGACUAUUUCAUGCGAUGGAAGUACCCAAACUACAACUUCACCAUGGCUAGUUUUUGGACACCCCAUUUGGUAAGAUCCAAAGAAUCAGAUUCAAACGGUCCAAGCCAAACAGGCCUUUACAACCUUUACCUUGAUGAGCCAGAUGAGAAAUGGAUAACCCAAAUAGAAGAUUUUGACUAUGUCAUUCUCAAUGGAGGACAUUGGUUUACAAGGUCAAUGGUAUUCUACGAGCAACAAAAAAUCAUAGGAUGCCACUAUUGCCUCUUAGAAAAUGUCCCUGACUUAACCAUGUACUAUGGUUAUAGAAGGGCAUUUAGAACAGCAUUUAAAGCCAUCAAUAGUUUAAAGAAUUUCAAGGGCAUCACAUUUCUCAGGACAUUCUCACCAUCACAUUUUGAGAAUGGGAUUUGGAAUGAGGGAGGGAAUUGUGUUAGGACUAAGCCAUUUAGGAGCAAUGAGACACAAUUAGAGGGUCUCAAUUUGGAGUAUUACAUGAUUCAAUUGGAGGAGUUCAAAAUUGCUGAGAAGGAAGCUAGAAAGAAGGGUUUGAGAUAUAGGUUGUUUGAUACAAUGCAAGCAACAUUGUUGAGGCCAGAUGGUCACCCUAGUAAAUAUGGGCAUUGGCCUAAUGAGAAUGUGACAUUGUACAAUGAUUGUGUUCACUGGUGCUUGCCCGGGCCUAUCGACACGUGGAGCGAUUUCCUGCUAGAUUUGUUGAAAAUGGAGGGUGUGAGAUCAGCUGAAGAGAGGCUUCAGUUGGGCACAAAUUGAACAAAUGAAAUAGAUUUUUAUUAUAUAUACUUCUAUCAAUUCUAUAUGUAAUCUAAUUUUCUUGUAACUGUAAGCUGCCUGUGAGCACAUGUUUUGUAAAUCUUUUUUAAGAUCUUAGUUGAUUGAUGUCUUUCAAUAAUAGAGAAAGAUCUGUUUUUUUAGAA